AUGGGUCCGACAACUGCCGGCUUGACGUUGUUACUGGUGUUCAUCCCAACUAUCCUUUCACAGACAUUUCGGUUUCAGCGCGAAGAAUUUGGACGUGCUGAUGCGCCAAUAUUUACCUCGUUUAAUAAAGAUCAGCCAUUAACGCAAGAGGAAUAUCAGAUUUUAAGUAUUACUGGUUGUCUGCUGAUUCAGGAAAAAGAUGCCGUAGAUAAAGCAGCUGAAAUAGCAGAUAAUGUCUUAAAUCGCAUUGGUCUUUCAUUGGAUGGCCGUACUGUACGGAGGAAACCGUUAAAAGCAACCGAAUAUCAGGCCGAAGAGCUAAAUUCUUUGGUCAAAGAAGCCAAUCAAAAUCGUAUAGAUCUACAUGGAAUGACUAGUGGUCAGAUACCCGGAUUAGCACCAAUUCCAGUACCUGGAUUUCCGGGGCCUCAAGAUGUUCCAACAAUUCCGGGAGUUAACACUAUACCUGGAUUGAGUAAUUUUAAUUAUUUGGUUGGUCAGCUAUUUCCGCAGAUGAUACCUCCAACGAACACACUUCUUGGGUCAUCCAUUAGUCGACUGCUACCAAAAGAUUCGGCUAAAAACUUAGCGAAAGACGUUUUCAGGGCAGUACAUCCGGCAGCCGAAAAUGUUGACGUUGCACGAAUGAUGGGACGGUGGUUUCAGGUAAUCAACAGUCCGCAUGUAAUUCGCGAAGCCUGCACCGUAUCUCACUUUGGUGCUCUUACCAACAACACCUACAGCGCGACAUUCACAAUUCUGAAGUUCUACCGUGAAGGUAAUCCAAACGGUCCUCCACGCUUUUCGCUUGGUUAUGGCUUCAAAGCCGGCGAUACCGGUCAAUUCGUUUUGCACAGCAGCAACUCACCGGACUCUGAACCAUUUUGGGUCAUUAAAAAAGGACCGCUGAACGAAUACAAGCAGUAUGACUAUGCAGUUGUUUCUAACUGGGUAAGGUUCCCAGUAUUUGUUAUUGCUCGAGACCCAGAACGUUUCCGCAAACAACAUAUGAAGAGCGUUUUACAGUUCCUUGAAGAUAACAAUUACAUAAAUGUGAUGACAAAAGCAUUCAAUAUGAUCUCGCCGGUUGAUUACAGUCAAUGCCAAUACACUCCGACAUUUUCCGGUGCUGGAAAGUAG